AUGCCGGGGGAUGGAGGCACAGAGUGGGGCCACGGGGGCCACGGGAUGCAACCCCAGCCCUCCAUCCGCACUGCUCCCCUGCGAGAGAGGGUCGCAGCCAGAGCAGGAUCCUGCCCCCUACUGCUGUUCCUGCUGCUGGGGCUGUGGGUGGCUGAGGUCCCUGUCAGGGCCAAGCCCAGCACCGUGACUUCGGCUCAGUGGUUUGAAAUUCAGCACGUGCAGCCCAGGCCCCAGCGGUGCAACACAGCGAUGGGCAAGGUCAACAAGUACACGAAACACUGCAAACCCUUCAACACCUUCCUGCAUCAAUCCUUCUCCAGUGUGGCCGCCACCUGUCAGACCCGCAGCAUAGCCUGCAAGAAGGGCCAAAGAAACUGCCACCAGAGCAAAGAGCCUGUCUCCCUGAGCACAUGUGAGCUCACCUCAAGGAAGUACCCAGGCUGCAAGUACAAAGAGAAGCGACAGGUCGCUUCUUACAUUGCGGCCUGUGACCCUCCUGAGAAAGGGGACUCUAGGAAAUUCAAGCUGGUUCCUGUGCACUUGGACAAAAUCCUGUAGGUUUUCGGACUUCCUCCCUCUCGUGCUGUGCCUGACUUCCCUCUGCAGACCCCUGGGCCAGUCCUCGUAUGGCCCACAGGUUAUAUCUUCCUCCCGUGUCUUAGGGCCCCUCUUAGCUCAACCUCUUCUGAAAGGGCUGAGCUCCAGAAGAGAUGGUCGGUCCUUCCUCUUUCUGUGGCUGUUUUCCCAGAAGCUUAUCUCCAAAGGAGGGGCUGAGCAAGCUACGGGUGUGGGUUCCCGGGUCUGUGCCUGGGACAUCUCUCCCCUGCCCCAUCUUCACGGCAGCCUGACAAGAGGAGGAAACGAAAGUACAAAUUGGGAUUUAUGGACAGAGCUGUUCCUAUUCCCGAGCUAAGAACCUUCCCCGGCUAACGUAGUAGUGAUAUGACCUGUGUGAGGAGACGCGGGUGGAAAGAAAGAAAACGAGGUACCACUCCAUAUUUAUAUAGCACUUUAGGUUUUUCAUGGUGUUGCCACAUGAGUCCCUUGGGAUAGACUU